CGGACGCGGGUCCCGACGCGCUUCGGGACCGGCGGCCGCGGGCUGCACGCCACGGUGUCUUCCCGACACCGCCGACGUUUGGGCCCCGUCUUCUCCCAAAAUGGUGGGAGGUUUGGCUUGGAUUCCAACUCUGAACUCCAGGUGACCGCGAAUCCUGCCGGGGGCUCGGUGGUGGUCGAGCUCGUGGCGACCAACACCAGUGGCGCCUCGCUCGCUCUUCACUGGGGUGCACUACAGCCCGGGAGAAGGGAAUGGGUGCUGCCGUCCCGGACACCGGAGGGGACAAGGACGAUCGACAACGCCGCUCUCAGGACCCCCUUCAAAAGCUCUGGUUCGAACUCUACACUAAAAAUCGAGAUAGACGAUCCAGCGCUUCAGUCAAUCGAGUUUGUUGUCGUCGACGAGGCACAAAACAAAUGGUUUAAAAAUAACGGACAGAAUUUCCAAAUUCAUAUACGGACAGAUCACCAUCAGGAACACCAUUCUUCUGCAGUAUCAAAUGAGAUCUCAUCAGAAAGAGUCUCCCGCAAAAACAGAGACGUCAUGCAGCUCCUCAACAAACAUGCAUCAUCUAGUCAUAUAAUAAAUAAGGAAACAGGAGCUGCUAAUCCAAGGAGUCCAACUGUUCUUGAUCUUUUCCUAAAGUCUUUCCAGGAGAAACAUGGUUGCCAAGUCCUCUGCAAAAAGCUUUUCAAACUGGGCGACAAGGAGAUCCUGGCACUGAUGUCAGAUCUACAAGGUAGCAUCAAAGUUCACUUGGCCACUGAUCAUAUGGAGCCCCUUAUUCUUCAUUGGGCACUGGCAAAGAAGGCUGGAGAGUGGAAGGCACCUCCUCCAGGAACACAGCCUCCUGGUUCAACAGUGCUUGAAAUGGCAUGUGAGAGUUCAUUCUCUGAUGCUGAAUUAGAUGGUUUGCAUUACCAGGUUUUGGAGAUACAGCUUGAUGAUGAUGCCUAUAAGGGGAUGCCCUUUGUUCUCCGGUGCAACGAAACAUGGAUAAAAAAUAAUAACUCGGAUUUUUACCUUGAUUUUAGCAGGAAAAUUGCCAAGAGUACAGAGGGUACUAGUGAUGGAAGUAAAGGGACUGCAAAGGGUUUGCUGGAAACAAUAGCCGAUCUAGAGGAGGAUGCCCAAAGAUCUCUUAUGCAUAGAUUCAAUAUAGCAGCUGACCUAGUUGAACAAGCAAAAGAUGCUGGACAUUUGGGUCUUGCUGGACUACUUGUUUGGAUGAGAUUCAUGGCUACCAGGCAACUUGUUUGGAACAAGAACUAUAAUGUGAAGCCACGUGAGAUUAGCCAAGCACAAGAUAGGUUUACAAACAAUCUUCAAAGUCUGUAUAAAACAUACCCACAAUACAGAGAGAUGCUAAGAAUGAUAAUGUCAGCAGUUGGCCGUGGAGGUCAAGGUGAUGUUGGUCAACGUAUUCGUGAUGAGAUUUUAGUAAUACAGAGAAACAAUAAUUGCAUGGGUGGAAUGAUGGAAGAAUGGCAUCAAAAGCUACACAAUAAUACAAGCCCAGAUGAUGUGGUGAUUUGCCAAGCACUGAUCGACUAUAUGAACAGUGACCUUGACAUCAAAGUUUACUGGGAUACUUUAAAUAAAAAUGGCAUAACAAAGGAACGACUCUUAAGCUAUGACCACCCCAUUCACUCAGAACCAAAUUUAAAGAAUGAGCAGAAGGAGGGUCUACUACAUGACUUGGCAAACUACAUGAGAAGCCUCAAGGCUGUUCACUCUGGUGCUGAUCUAGAAUCCGCCAUAGGAACCUGUACAGGGUACACGGCAGAGAGUCAAGGUUUCAUGGUUGGUGUUGAAGUGAAUCCUGUGAAGGGGUUGCCCUCUGGAUUCCCUGAAUUGCUUAAAUUUGUUCUAAACCAUAUUGAGGAUCAAUCAGUGGAAUCACUUGUUGAGGGUUUAUUGGAGGCAAGAGCUGAACUUCGCCCAUUACUCCUUGGCUCAACGGACCGAUUGAAGGAUCUCAUAUUUUUGGACAUAGCUCUUGAUUCUACUGUUAGGACGGCGGUUGAAAGGUCAUAUGAAAGACUGAACAAUGCAGCACCCGAGAAAAUCAUGUACUUCAUCAGUCUAGUUGUUGAAAAUCUUGCAUUGUCCACUGAUGACAACGAGAAUCUCCUAUGCUGCUUAAAGGGAUGGAACCAUGCACUUCAAAUGUCUAAGCAAUCUGAUAAUCAAUGGGCAUUGUAUGCAAAAGCAUUUCUAGACAGAACUAGACUUGCACUUGCAACCAAGGGAGAGGAAUACCAUGAAAUUCUUCAGCCUUCAGCAGAAUACCUUGGUUCAUUACUUGGAAUUGAAAAAUGGACAGUUGACAUAUUUACAGAGGAAAUUAUCCGUAGUGGAUCAGCCGCUUCGCUUUCUCUACUCCUGAAUCGUCUUGAUCCUGUUCUUAGGAAUGUCGCCAACCUAGGAAGUUGGCAGAUCAUAAGUCCAGUUGAAGUAGCAGGUUAUGUGGUCGUUGUAGACGAAUUGCUCACUGUUCAACACCAAUCUUAUGACAAACCCACAGUUUUGGUGGUAAAAUCUGUCAAGGGAGAGGAGGAAAUACCUGAUGGUGCGGUUGCAGUCCUUACACCAGAUAUGCCAGAUGUCUUGUCCCAUGUCUCAGUUCGAGCAAGGAAUAGCAAGGUAUUGUUUGCAACAUGCUUUGAACCAGAGAUAUUAUCUCAACUUCGAAAAAAUGAAGGAAAAGUACUUUCACUAAAGCCAGCUGCUGGAGAUAUAAGCUACAGAGAGAUCGCAGAGAGCGAACUUCUAGAUUCAAGUUCCCCAAAUACACCAGAUGACCAAUCAGCACCAUCUCUGUCACUAGCAAAGAAGCAGUUCCUUGGAAAAUAUGCAAUAUCUGCUGACGAAUUCUCUGAUGAAAUGGUUGGAGCUAAAUCUCGAAAUAUAGCAUACAUCAACGGAAAGGUACCAUCAUGGGUCAGUGUCCCAACUUCAGUCGCACUCCCAUUUGGAACCUUUGAAACAGUUUUGUCUGAUAAGAUAAACAAGGAAGUAGCACAACAGGUACAGAUCCUAGAGGACAAGCUCAAUCAAGGAGACUUUAGUGCGCUUAAUGAAACCCGAAAUGUUAUUUUAAAUUUGACAGCUCCUCCUAAUCUGGUGAAGGAGCUCAAGGAGAAGAUGCAAGGUAGUGGAAUGCCCUGGCCUGGAGAUGAAGGUGAACAACGUUGGGAGCAAGCAUGGAUGGCAAUUAAAAAGGUGUGGGCCUCAAAAUGGAAUGAAAGAGCAUACUUGAGCACUCGCAAAGUGAAGCUUGAUCAUGCCUACCUUUCCAUGUCUGUUCUUGUGCAAGAAGUUGUUAGUGCAGACUAUGCCUUCGUGAUACAUACUACCAACCCAUCAUCUGGGGAGUGUUCAGAGAUCUAUGCUGAAGUUGUUAAAGGGCUUGGGGAGACCCUUGUGGGAGCCUUUCCUGGUCGAGCUAUGAGCUUUGUAUGCAAGAAGGAUAAUCUUAACUCUCCAAAGAUAUUGGGUUACCCAAGCAAGCCAAUUGGCCUCUUCAUAAAGAAAUCAAUCAUCUUCCGUUCUGACUCAAAUGGUGAAGACUUGGAAGGCUAUGCUGGGGCUGGACUCUAUGACAGUGUGCCAAUGGACAAAGAAGAAGAAGUGGUUCUUGACUACACCACUGAUCCCCUCAUCACAGAUUGCAAAUUCCGUAACUCAAUCCUCUCAAGCAUUGCUCGUACUGGUUAUGAUAUUGAGGAGCUCUAUGGAUCUCCACAGGACAUUGAAGGAGUGGUGAAGGAUGGGAAGAUAUAUGUUGUCCAGACAAGACCACAAAUGUGACUUAUUGAAUCCGCGUUUUUCACAAAUGGAACCACGGUAUAGAAAAUAUGCAUCCUAUAGAGUUGCACAAUUGCCCUUGAUGUACUAAAGAUGUGCAUAUGUUUUUGUUGUUGGUAUAUAUAAGCAUGCCAAUGUCCGGCUUACAGUACAGAGCAAUAAAAGGAGAGUGAGUUAUCCUGAA